UAGGUUGGCAGAGAGAAGUAACGAAACAACAAAGACGCCAAGAACAAAGCUUGACGUUGUCUCUUGAAGGCAUCACUGUCAUCUUCUUCCAAACACAUAGCAUUCGCCAUCUUCCUUCUCACUCAGCAAAUGAGUCGGCAUCCUGAAGUUCUGUGGGCACAGCGUUCUGAUAGGGUUUACCUUACUGUUGCUCUACCUGAUGCCAAGGAUGUUUCUGUGAAGUGUGAGCCUCAGGGUUUGUUUAGUUUCUCUGCUUCUGGAGUUCAAGAUGAAUCUUAUAGCUUUAGCUUAGAACUAUAUGGAUCCAUUGAACCUGAGGGUUGUAAAACUAAAUCUGGCUUAAGAAACAUACUAUGCUCAAUUCAGAAAGGAGAAAAAGGUUGGUGGAAGAGGCUCCUGAAGUCUGAAGAGAAACCGGCUCCAUACCUGAAGGUUGAUUGGAACAGAUGGUGUGAUGAGGAUGACGAAGAGACAACUUCUGAUUUGGUAUCUGACGAUGAUGCACGGUUUGUUGGUCAAGAUGAUGGAAGCAGUGAUGAUGAAGGAAUGUUAUAUCUUCCUGACUUGGAAAAGGCUAGGGGAUAGUGACUCUUUACAGUACUAACAGAUUUAAGAAGCAUCAUUGAGAUGGAAUCAUAGGGAACUAUUUAAAUAGGUUCAGGGAUAGACUACUUGAUAAGA